AUUUUAUUUGAUUUCUCAAGAUGUCGGUGUACGGACCAGUGGUGAAAAUUCACCCUGUCGUUCUCGCCUCCAUCGGUGACUCAUACGAACGGAGAAAUGAGGGAGCGAGUCGUGUGAUUGGAACCUUGCUUGGUACCAUUGACAAGCACUCUGUUGAGGUCACCAACUGUUUCUCUGUCCCCCACAAUGAGUCUGAAGAUGAGGUUGCUGUUGACAUGGAGUUUGCCAAGAACAUGUAUGAGCUCCAUAAGAGGGUGUCACCCAGCGAGGUCAUCGUCGGAUGGUAUGCCACUGGCUUUGAGAUUACGGAACACUCUGUGCUGAUCCAUGAGUAUUACAGCCGAGAGGCCACAAACCCCAUUCACCUGACCAUGGACACGGCCCUGCAGAGUGGCAAGAUGAACAUCCGCGCCUACCUCAGUGCCCAGAUGGGUGUGCUGGGAAAGACAGUCGGUGUGAUGUUCACCCCUCUGAGUGUGAAAUACAAGUAUUACGACACCGAGAGGAUAGGCAUUGACCUUCUCGAGAGGACGAGAGAUGCUCCUAACACCACCAAUGGACUGACCUCUGACCUCUGCCAGGUUGGCGGGGCUGCUGGCCGGGUUCAGGACAUGCUGGCCACGGUACUGACCUACAUAGAGGAUGUGUUGUCUGGUAAACAGACAGCCGAUAACAGUGUUGGACGUUACCUGAUGGAUCUGGUCAACAAAGUUCCUAAGAUCACAGCAGAGGACUUUGAGACCAUGCUCAACUCCAACAUCAACGACCUGUUGAUGGUGACCUAUCUAUCGAAUCUGACUCAAGCACAGAUCGCCUUGAAUGAAAAAAUCGUGGUACUCUGAGCAUUGGGGGAUUGGGUUUGUUUAUUUCUUUUCUUUUUUGGAGUUGUAUUUCAUUUUUUGUGUAUAUUCUUAAGCUCAAAUUAAUAAAGGUGUUAUAACAGUACCUAAUUGCUACGGUUGCUUUUAUAACGGAAGUAAUGUCUUCUAACUAAGACACUUUAUUUACCAAUUCCACAAUGUCCUGAAUAGGACAAUGCAUGCGUAGUUGUAGGGUCCUUUUUAAUUUCUGGAAAAGGGGAGGUCCGAUACAUUUGCUUGAGUGAAUUCUAUUUCCUUCUAUGGGUGUUGUCACAAGAAAUACAAAUAGAGCUCAUACUGUAUUCAGAUUAGUUGCCACUUCACCAGUCCCUAGGAUGAAAUCUAUCUUGUCCACAAGGUGGCACUGAAGAGCUCAGGCCUGUUCCCUUGCAUGGUGAGGUCCCCGCUGUUUCCUAGGCAACAGGGGUCAUGGCCAGGGAGAGGACAGAAUAUGGUAGAGGAUGAAUGAAUUCUGAGGACUAGAUGGUCAGAGGGGUCUGCAGAAUUCCCAGUAACAAUUUGGGAUGCACAUUGAGAUAAUAGUAGUCUUUUUUUUUUUGUAUCUGAUUUUAUGUACAUCCUAUAUGCCUCAGACCCUCCUUUUACGGAAGAUUUCUUUGACUGAGAUCAACAUCAAUGAAACCUAGUUCAUGCAUGCAUACAUUCAUUUCUUUGAAUUUUGAUUUUAAAACUGUUUAGUGAACUUCACUAUCAGUUCAGUCCUUUCCCCCAUCGUUACCAUGAAUAGAAUUAGUAUCGAGGGGAUAUGUUUAACAAGUGUUGACAUUCUCAUCCUAGUCGGAUCAAUGCAGCUGUGUUGUAAUAUAAUUAUCAUAUACUGUUUAACAAAUUACUUUGAGCGUCUUAAAUGUCCUUGAGUACCCUGAAAGCCAUCCGCCACAAAGUGUAUUAUAAUAGCUGGCAUGCAAACCCUGCUGUCAUUAUCUAAUAAACUAUUACAGUAUUAUGA